AUGGCCGAGUCCGCUAUUGGCAUCGUUCUAGGGAAUGUGAACAAUCUUGCUGUUCGGGAGACCAGUCUCUUAUGUGGUGUCACUCUUGAAGUGACCUUCCUGAAAGAUGAGCUGAUGCAGCUGCAGGGCUACCUCAAAGACGCUGAGAGAAAACGAAGAUCUGGAAAUGCAACAGUUGCUAUCUUGGUGAGCCAGAUCAGGGAUGUUGCAUAUGAGGCUGAGAAUGUCAUCGAAGCUGCAGAUUACAUGAAGAAGAGAAACAUGAUCAAGAAGGGCUUCAUGGGAGCAAUUUCCAGGUAUGCUCGCUUACCGAGUGACUUGAAUACCCUUCAUAAAAUUGCUAUUGAAAUUCAGCGUAUAAGAAGGAAGCUUGUCGAGCUAUUUCAGAGCAUAGAACGCUUGAAUAUUGAUUUGGAUAGUCAUGUUAUGGAUGAUUCCGUAGAAGAUUGUGGCCUUAUGCACCAGAACUGUAAGGAUGAUGUUACAAUGAUUGGUUUUGAGGACGAGUACAAAGAAAUAGUGGAUAAACUAGUGGAGGGAGAAAAUAUGCUUAGUGUUGUCUCCAUAAUUGCAAUGGGUGGGGCAGGAAAGACAACACUUGCUAGAAAAGUAUACACUUCAUCUGGAGUGAAACAACACUUUGAGUCACUUGUUUGGAUAACUGUAUCUCAAAAGUUCAAGGUCAUUGAUUUAUUAAAGGAGAUUUUGAAGCAAAUACCGAGUGACGGCGACCAGUCUGCAAAAAUUGAUGACAUGAAUGAGUAUGAGGUGGGAAAGAAGAUCCGUGAUAUCCUCAUCCAGAAAAGAUACUUGCUAGUUCUUGAUGAUGUGUGGGAAACAGACACAUGGGAGAAAAUAAAUAGAACAAUCAAGGCCUUUCCAGAUGCAGCUAACUAUAGUAGAGUCCUGCUAACCACAAGAAAAGAAGAUGUUGCCAAUCAUGUUGAUAUGCCAACCCAUAUUCAUGCUUUGAGGAGUUUAGAUGAAGAGAAAAGUUGGUUACUUUUUAGUAGCAAAGCUUUACCUUCAUACAAAAUAUCAGGCAUACGUGAUCUGGAUAAAUAUGAAGAGUUGGGAAGAAAGCUUACAAGGAAAUGUGAUGGAUUACCACUUGCACUUGCAGUCUUAGGGGGUUACCUAUCAAAGAACCUCAACACACAAGCAUAG